AGUAACUAUAUAUAUAUUCGAUAUAUCGAUAUUUUAGCCAUCGCUAGCUGUCACUGCUCGUCUCUUUCUUUUUCCGGUCGCCGAAAUGGGUAUUGAUAUCAACCACAAGUACGAUCGUAAGGUUCGCAGAACCGAACCCAAAUCUCAGGAUGUCUACCUGCGUUUGCUCGUCAAGCUGUACCGUUUCCUGCAACGUCGUACAAACAAGAAGUUCAACCGCAUCAUCCUGAAGCGUUUGUUUAUGAGCAAGACCAACAGGCCACCAAUGUCGCUGCAGCGCAUUGCUCGCUUCUUCAAGGCCGCUAAUCAGCCGGAGUCGACUGUUGUGGUUGUUGGCACCGUUACUGAUGAUGCCCGUCUAUUGGUGGUGCCUAAGUUGUCACUAUGCGCCCUCCAUGUUACCCAGACAGCUCGCGAGCGCAUCCUGAAGGCUGGCGGUGAGAUUCUGACCUUCGAUCAGUUGGCUCUGCGUGCACCUACCGGCAAGAACACGCUUCUGCUCCAGGGCAAGCGUACCGCUCGCACUGCCUGCAAGCACUUCGGCAAGGCUCCUGGUGUGCCCCACUCGCACACUCGUCCCUAUGUCCGAUCCAAGGGACGCAAGUUCGAGCGUGCUCGUGGUCGUCGCUCAAGCUGCGGUUACAAGAAGUAAACAA